AGCAGUGUUAUAGGAUCACCAUUUAGUGUGAUGUUCCUUUUAUCACAACUAGCCCUGUAUGCAACUGGAAAGGCUUAUCACCAACUGGCAAAAUUUUUGAACAUCAAAGACCGCAAAGAGAUUGCAGUAGCAAUACCAAAUUAUUUGGACGAUAUUACGCAACAACAAAAUGUAACAUUUAAUUUAGCUGAAAAAGUGUACGGAAGCAUUAACUACCCCUUAAGUAAAAGCUUCAAACGGGACACCAAACAUAUUUUUAAGUCAAAGGCUCAAAAUUUGGACUUUUCUGAACCUGAUGUGGCUGCGGAAACAAUUAAUACUUGGGUUGCUUCAAAAACAAAUAACCUCAUCAAUGACUUAAUAUCUCCUAACAGUUUGGAUGAAGAUACAAGACUUGUGUUGACUAAUGCUAUAUACUUCAAGGGAAACUGGCUGACACCAUUUGAUCCCAAAAGAACCACCAAAAAAAGAUUUUAUGUCUCAGAACAUCAGCAUACCCAUGUUAAAAUGAUGAACCACGUUAGCUAUUUCCAGUAUGCCUAUAUAGACCGUAUUAACUCUAAGUUUACGUAA